AUGGCCACCCCCAGCCCGUUCCAGUACCACGUCGACGACGCGAGCCUCUUCUCAUUCGACAAGGUGAUGGAGGUUACCUGCGAUGAGGCUCGCUGCGUGGACUGGUGCAUGAAAGUGGGGCUCAUCGACAAGGAGAAGACAUGCCCAGCAUGCUCCUUGCCGAUGAGGCUCUCGCUUGUGCGCAAGCCGUGGCGGUGUUGCCACCGAAAACAGCAUGCUGAAGGAAAAGAGAUUUCCCUGGGAAUGCUGACCAGCUCCUUUUUCACCGACGCCAAGAUUAAGAUCUGCAGUGCUGUUCGUUUGCUGGCGGCAUGGUGCAUGCGGCUUCCACAGGCCAACGCAGCCGUCCAAGAAGAGAAGAAAGGCUCUAUCAUUAUGACCAACGUCGACCCCGCGCUGCUGAAGCCGAAAGUGCACGGUGCCAUCUUCGACAUGGACGGCACGCUAUUGGACACGGAGGAGCUGAGCCGCCUCGCCAUCGACGGCGUUGUGCGUCAGUUCGGCAAAGAGUUCACCAUGGCCAUGCACAAAACCAUUCUCGGUCGUCCUGCUGUCGAGUGGACAAGCAUGGCCAUUGCUGCUGCUGGUCUCAGCGAAGAGGCCAUCACUCCGGAAGAAUUAUUCAAGCAAUGGGAAAAGAGCAUGCGUGACAUGUCGGACCGUGUCGAAGAACUCCCGGGCGGCCUCGAAGUGCUGACCGCUCUGCACGAACGGGGCAUUCCCAUCGCGCUGGCCACUUCCAACAGCAGGAGCGUCGUGGAAGCCAAGAUCAAGCACCAUCCGAAGCUUUUCUCCUUCUUCUCCACGAUCGUGUGUGGUGACGACCCGGCCGUUAAGCGCGGGAAGCCUGCGCCCGAUAUUUUCCGCACGGCUGGUCAACGUCUCUUUGGUCUCAAGGAGGGAGAGGACGGCGAGAAGCCGCCGCACUGCAUCGUGUUUGAGGACUCUGUGAACGGCUACACUGCUGCCAAUGCUGCGGAUAUGCAUAGUAUUGCCAUCCCAGACGUGCGCAUCCACUGGGACGAAGCACAGAGGUCGGAGCUCUUUGGUGAUGCCGACGAGGUGAUCACGUCGCUCACUCAGUUCCAGAUCGACAACUACGACUGGCAGCUAUAG